AUGGCAGAUACGACAUAUCCCUCAUCUUCGGAUAACUCUUCCUUUUGGGAUGACAUUAUCAUAUCACCGUUAAGAGAUAGUUCACAAAGUAUGGACCUUACUACUGUCGAAAAUUUUGAGAAUGCUCCACCAGAGUCGAAUGAGAUAAUUACUCCACCAGGUGCUACGGGUACAAAUGUUGUGGCCGUUGAUCAAGGUACUGCUGUAGUAGCGGAGGAAGAUAAUACCACUGCAGUGCUAGAUGUAGCAGCUAUGAAUGCAAGUGUAUUUCGUGGGAGAAAGAGAGCUAGAAGAACAUUUUGUGAUACUACCACUCUAACUUUUGAAAAAUUUUCUGAAUAUUUUUAUCUGCCUUCUGAACAAGCUGCAGAGGAAUUGCAGGUUGGGCGCGAAGUUUUUAAGAAAAAGUGUAGGGAAGUGGGAAUUUCCUACUGGCCUUAUCGAAAACUCGUGAGUCUGGACAGAUUAUUGGCAAAAGUUCAGGAAUUUGGUGAAAUCAAAGAUCAAGCUGAACUGCAAAGGACAAUCAAGGGGCUAGAGGAUGAGAGAGAUGCGAUACUUCAAAAUCCAAAUUUAGACUUGGCUGACGCAACAGUAAGGCUUAGAGACAAAUGUGACAGGAACAGUUCUAGAAAGAGAAGGUAUAUAGAUCCAACAGCUUGUCCUUCUACUACUCCCGGAAGCUCAUCACAAGCUCCAAUAUUUCCUGAUAUUCCUGAAUUAGCACCAGAAGAAAUACAGAUAUUUCCUGAUAUUCCUGAAUUAGCACCAGAAGAAAUACAGGAGGUUCCUGAUAUUCCUGAAUUAGCACCAGAAGAAAUACAGGAGGUACUUGCUUGGCUAGAUGAGGAUGAUCCUCCUCCCAAAAAUAUUAGCGACAAAUAA